UUAAACACUCUCCACGUUGCGUUGUGCGGCUUCUAUUUAUAUCUCUUUUCUUCGGCGAGAGUUUUCCGGUGUCUCUAGGGUUUGGCCGGAAGCAGGAAGUGCCAGGGAUUUGUUAACAUGAUGGUUCUCGUCGGAGGCGGAGGUUGAGCUCGUAGGGGAUUCUCGCAGUUGGGGAAGAUUUUGAGGAUCCAGAGGGACUGACUUGGUGACUCUUGGAAUCAUGUCGCACACCAACUGGGAAGCCGACAAGAUGCUGGAUGUGUACAUUUAUGAUUAUUUGGUGAAGAGGAACUUGCAGGCAACUGCCAAGGCUUUUCAAGCUGAAGCCAAGGUGUCAUCUGAUCCAGUGGCUAUUGAUGCUCCUGGUGGGUUUCUGUUUGAGUGGUGGUCUGUGUUUUGGGAUAUAUUUAUCGCUAGGACAAAUGAAAAGCACUCAGAUGCUGCUGCCUCAUAUAUAGAGACUCAACUUAUAAAAGCAAGAGAACAGCAACAGCAGCAACCAUCUCAGCAGCAGCAGCAACAACAGCAGCAACAGCAGCAGCAGCAACAACAGCAACAACAGCAACAACAACAUAUUCAAAUUCAGCAACUGUUGUUACAGAGGCAGGCACAGCAGCAGCAGCAGCAACAACAACAACAACAACAACACCAACCACAACGUAGAGAGGGAGCUCAGCUAUUAAAUGGGAAUGCUGGUGGGCUUGUUAGUACAGAUUCUUUGAUGCGGCAGAAUCCUGGAACUGCUAAUGCAUUGGCAACAAAAAUGUAUGAAGAACGGUUAAAGUUGCCCCUGCAACGAGAUUCCUUGGACGAAGCUACAGUUAAAAGGUUUGGUGAUAAUGUGGGCCAGGUCAUGGAUCCUAACCAUGCAUCCAUACUGAAGUCGGCUGCAGCUUCAGCUCAACCUUCAGGGCAUGUUUUGCAUGGGUCAGCUGGUGGUCUAUCAGGGCCUCUUCAGCAGGUUCAGACCAGGAAUCAGCAAGUUCCUGGGUCAUCACAGGAAAUAAAGAGUGAGAUUAUUCCAAUUUUGAAUCCGAGAGUUGCUGGUCCUGAUGCUUCAUUAAUUGGAGUGCCAGCAGGACCCAAUCAGGUUGGUAACAAUCUGACUCUUAAAGGCUGGCCACUGACAGGUCUUGAUCAACUUCGUUCAGGACUUUUACAACAGCAGAAGUCAUUUGUGCAGUCAUCACCUCAAUCACUUCAGCAACUGCAAUUUCUAAGUCCACAUCAACAGCAGUUGCUUCUCCAGGCACAGCAAAAUAUGAACUCACCAACGGCUGCAGAUAUUGAUAACAGAAGGCUAAGAAUGCUUCUGAACAGCAGGAACAUGGUUCCAGGGAAGGAUGGCCAGUCAAAUGUUCUUAAUGAUGUCAUACCCAAUGUAGGUUCUCCCAUGCAAUCUCCAAGUCCGCUAAUGCCUCGUACUGAUUCUGAUUUAUUGAUGAAGAAAAUAGCUCAGUUGCAACCUCAACAACAACAAAGCAGCAGUCAGCAACAGCAACAGCAGCUUCAACAGCAUGUCCUUUCAAGCCAACAAUCUCAAAAUUCUAAUCAUCUCCUUCAAGAGAAACUUGCAGCAGCUAGUAUGACUGUUGAUGGAAGCAUGUCAAAUUCCUUUAGAGGGGCUGAUCAGACAUCAAACAAUCAAAAUGGCCGGAAACGAAAGCAGGCUGUUUCAUCCUCUGGACCUGCAAAUAGCUCUGGAACAGCAAAUACCACUGGGCCUUCUCCAAGCUCUGCACCCUCAACACCAUCGACUCAUACACCAGGAGAUGUAAUGUCAAUUGCACAGUUGCAACAUAAUGGUGGCUCAUCUAAGCCUCUGAUGAUGUUUGGUGAUGGGAAUGGUCCUCUGACAUCUCCUACCAACCAAUUGGCUGACAUGGAUCGCUUUGUGGAAGAUGCAUCUUUGGAUGAUAACGUAGAGUCCUUUCUAUCUCAUGAUGAUAUGGACCCAAGAGAUGUUGGUCGCUCUAUGGAUUCUGCAAAAGGUUUCCCAUUUACUGAGAUUGUAGCGGCUAGAGCAAGUUCAAAUAAAGUUGUUUGUUGCCACUUCUCAUCAGAUGGGAAACUCCUUGCAACUGGAGGACAUGAUAAAAAGGCAGUUUUGUGGCAUGCUGACUCUUUGAAGCUCAAAUCUUCACUGGAGGAGCACUCCUUGCUGAUUACUGAUGUUCGGUUUAGUUCGAGCUUGCCUCGUCUAGCUACAUCCUCAUUUGACAAGACUGUGAGAGUGUGGGAUGCUGAUAAUCCAGGCUAUUCACUUCGAACUUUCACUGGUCAUUCUGCAUCUGUCAUGUCUUUGGACUUUCACCCAAGUAAAGAGGAUCUUAUCUGUUCUUGUGAUAGUGAUGGUGAAAUGCGUUUCUGGAGUAUAAACAAUGGUAACUGUGCCAGAGUUUUCAAGGGUGGAACUACUCAAAUGAGGUUUCAACCCCGUCAGGGUAGGUAUCUAGCCGUUGCUGCAGAGAGCACCAUCUGUGUACUAGAUGUUGAAACACAAGGUCGCAGGCAGACGCUGCAGGGUCAUACAAAACAUGUUGAUUCCAUCUGCUGGAACUCUUCUGGUGAUCUUCUUGCUUCUGUUAGCGAGGACUCUGUCAGAGUUUGGUCUUUUGGUUUGGGAAGCGAAGGAGAAUGUGUGCAUGAGUUGAGUUGCAAUGGCAGCAAGUUCCAUUCAUGUGUUUUUCACCCUAACUAUCCUAAGGUGCUCAUAAUUGGUUGCUACCAGUCUCUAGAAUUUUGGGACAUGGAGAAGAACAAGACCAUGACUCGUACUGCUCAUGAAGGUCUGAUUGCAGCUUUGGCGGCUUCAAAUGUGACCGGAGUAAUUGCAUCAGCCAGUCACGAUAAAUUUGUAAAGCUUUGGAAGUAGCCAAACGGUACGAUGAUGCGGUCGGUCACUCGAAACACCACACAGAAUAGGAAAAACUUCCAUUGUAAUUUGUAUUGACAAGAGACCUGUUCUUGAAUCAUCUAACUUGGACAGUUAUAUUUUGAAGUUAAAUAGGCCCUGCACUAA